AUGUCCCUAGAUCAUUUUAUACGAUUAUCAGAUAAUAUUGUCGAGUUCGAAGUGGAUCUUAACGAUAACCAGUAUCCAAAGACUUCGAUUCAUGCACUAGAAGUGCAUCGUAACGAACUUAAAUCAAACUGGGAUCAAGUCAAGAGCGCUUACGAAAAAUCCCUAUUAGAAGCCGAAAAGGAAGCAGGAGAGUCGGAUGAGCCACUAGAACUUGAGUCUUUCAAGGUUAAGUAUAAGAGCACUUAUACUACAUUCUGUAACUGUUUGACAAGAUUGUCUGAAAUUUCAGAUACGCUCCAUAGGCAAUCAACAACCGAUGUGGUUCAACCACUAGGUUAUAGCCCAGGUAUAUCUCGGGAACGUGGUCUCCACUUACCUCUUGUCGAAAUCGAAACCUUCAGUGGCGAUUAUGCUUCCAGGCCCACUUUCUGUGACAUGUUCACAGCUAUUGUUUCUAAUUCUAGGUCUAGUAACGUUGAAAAUUUGUUUUUCUUAAUUCAAAAGACAAAAGGUGAGGCUAAAGACAUUGUCCAAAAGUGUCCACUGACUAAUCAAGGAUUCGAUUUAGCGUGGAAUGAUUUGUGUUUGAGAUAUGAUAAUGGCAGGGUUUUGUCACAUGAUGAUCAUUCCGAUGAUGAAAUGCGUGACUGUGAUUCAGUUGAAGGGGAUCACAUCUCUAGAGUAGGAUCGCGCUUAAAUUCAUCUAUGACAAGUAACGGUGCGGGAACGGCUGGUGAUAUGAGUGGUCCUGAUCAUCCCAAUGAUAUGGCCAUGAGCCAUCAUCAUCAAUUUCCAUCAAACCACCCUUUAAAUGCCUUGGGUAGUUUUAUGGGCAUCGGUAGUUUACACGGUAUUCCAAAUUUACAGCACAAUGAUGUGUUGGAGAAACUUAAAAUGCAAGUUCGUGAUAUGAAAGUAGGUUUAAUGGAUCAAGAAUAUGCUGCAGCUCAUGCAGCUGCAUUUGGAUCAAAUGUAUUGUCAACACCAAUAAAUACAGCUUUCACAUUACCACCCACAACAAUGGCAUCAUUUACACAUGCCGCACAGACUCUGGCUGCUCAAGCCGGCAACAAUAUAAAUUCACAUUUGAAUGCAAAUUCUUCAUCGUCUUCAGUCGGUGGGCCUUCAGUCCCCAAUGGCAGUCAUAAUAGUUUUUCAUUUACCUCCCCAACGGCACCCAGCUCAAAAGAUGUAAAUCCUGCCUCGAAUUCAUCAACAUCUAGUGAAACAUCAAAUUCUUCACAGCAAAAUAAUGGCUGGAGUUUUGAGGAGCAGUAUAAACAAGUUCGACAG